UUCAAUAACAUUUUGAAUCGACCCUCUCCGUUAAGUUAGCAUUUUUCCGUAACCCGAACCCGUUACCGAGAGCCCCAGACCAUCGCAAAACCUCUAAGACCUCCAACACUCUCAACUCACAUCAAUAAAGCUUCAAAAUCGAAUUAAMCUCAAGACAGCUUUAUCCCUAAUGUACAUAGCAAAAACGCCAAGUAGCGUUCUCUAUUUGGAACCUAACUGUGUUUUAAAAAUUAAACUUGCGAAAAUCAAAAUACAAACAGAGACGAAAAAACUCGAAUACCGUUGAGUUGAGUGGGGCUGUCACUCUAACCCCGCAUUCUUUACUUGCACUAAAACAGUUAGGAAAAAAAACCUUUGGUGAUGUAUUGUUCAUUGUGAUGUAAUUACAGAAACAUAAGAGGCAGGCGCAAAGUCAUGUGAAACAAAAGGUUCAGUUCAGCCCGUGUCGUGUAAGAAUUAUUGUGCUUAUUAUAUGUGAAUGACACCAUCAUGGCAUUUGUUGACGCACCGUUUAAUUGGCUAGAAGAAAACAAGACCACUCCUAACCCGGGAUUAUUAUGGUGUGCCAUUUAAAACGCUUCAUCCUUCAGCACUCGAUCUGUCAGCAAAGCUUUCAUCUCAAUUUUCAAGACUUUUAAGCACACACUAUGUGUGCACCUCACGAGAUCCAAAGCCUAAACAAAUGAAAGCGAAUUCGGAAUUUCGCAUUGGAUUUGUCGGGCUGUCAAUUAAGCGGGAUUUCUAUUCUUGGCCUAAUGUUUGUUGUAUCUUGUGAUUUUCAUUGUAGGCCUUUGAUAGCAGUGAAUGGGUUACAACGAAUGAUUGAUUGCUGUUGUACAUUAUAAAUUAAUUAACAUUGUUUGCUGGGAAACAAUAUAUCUGACGAUCACACCCCCUCUUAGUCCGGCAACAGCAUAUCACCACUGUCGCAAAUCUAACGGUCUCACUACAGUUCUGUCUCUAGUUCGUGCGGCGACAGCUCUCUGAUGAAAACGCAACACAAGAAUAUCUGACAAGACGAACCACUCGACAACCACAUGGUUACUAACUACUAGUAAAUCUACUUCAGCUGAAAAUACGAAGUCUGCCGGAAUAAAUUCAAGAUGCCAAAAUCUUUUCUGGUCAAGAAGAAGAAACCUCGACGGAACUCUGAAUCCGGCGACGCUCCAGCUCAAGAAGUUGACGUUCAAAGCKCCGGGGAAUGUACAUCUAGAGCUGAAAGCGAUGAAGAAGACCUACAGAGUGAACUCAGCGAAGAAGAGAACGAACUGAAAGAACUUGACAUAGACGCUGAAAGCCCAAAACAAGACAACAGGUCGCCAAAUCCAACUCCCGAGAACAUCUCAGAAAACCAGAAUGACAUAGAAAUGACAGAAGAGUCUGAAAUCGAAAAGACGAACAAUAACGAACAAAAGGAAAAGAUUUUACAUGAAAAAGACUUUGAAAUGAACGGUUAUCGAGAUUAUUGGAUUUCACGGGUWGACAGACUUCCACCGCCUCCUAAGCUCAUCAGCUGCCCAAUGAGGCUCGACAAUGGACUUUCAGGGAAAAUUCGCCCGGUUCCCGAACCAUCCCUUGAAAACGGGAUACCAGGGAAAGUUUGCGGGCUACCGGAAAUACCAUUGGAAAACGGGAUUUCCGCGAAAUUACGUGGGCUGCCUGAGCCACCGUUAAGUCYUCUUCCUCAUGCAUUUAACAGAGUUAAURGUUUUACAUCCCAUAAUUAUCACCAUUUCCUCGCCGAAGCCAUCCAUCCACAGUUUMCGUAUCCCGAUCAUGCGCAGCCGGAAUUUCCGUACCAUCUUCGGAUGCAUUCGGACUGUAGUCGUGACAUUCAAUUAUAUCCUGGUCUCGGUACUUGCGGAGCGCACUUAGGGAGCCCGUUCUUCAUUCCUACACAUCCUUUCGGGUCUUCRCAUCAUGGUGGUGGCUKGUCACCUCUUUCUMCGCUCGACAAACAUCCGAAAAAACUUGGCGAUGGACUGAAAGACGAACAGAGCAAGUACAAAUGUGAAAUUUGUCACAGCUCUUUCUCUCUUCAGAGACUUUUAAACCGRCACAUGAAGACCCAUUCGUUCUACAAGCGAUAUCACUGUCAGUUUUGUGGCAAAGGAUUCAACGAUACGUUUGAUCUCAAGAGACAUAUUCGCACACAUACUGGUAUUAAACCGUUCAAAUGYAGCGACUGCGAGAAGGCGUUUACUCAACGAUGCUCGUUGGAAGCGCACCUUACGCGYGUGCACGGYAUUGUGCAUAAGUAUGGGUUCCGAGAGCGAAGAGAUAAGAUGUAUGUGUGCGAAGACUGUGGGAAAACGUACAAAGAAUGUCCCGAUUACAUGAAGCACAUUCACGAACAACACCCUGAAACCGAGAAGAUCAUUCGUGCGAGAAGAAACGGCUUCGCUAAAAUYAAAGUAUCGUAGUUAAUGCUGAAUAUAACAAUAGGCUAGACCUCGCCCUCGGGCUUGGCAUAGAGUAGACGCUCCCGGGCAUCGGCGUAAUGCUCACCAAGUUCAGAUCACUUGAUUCUCCUUAAAAAACGCCUCCUUGAACAAAGGCCAGAACAUGGUUUUUGUUUGGGAAAGUAUUGGCAGACUCUUAAGUUUUGAUAUCAUAUUUUUUUUAAUCCGUGACUGCGUGGCAUUGCAAAGGGACCAAUGUUACUCGUAGACUGAAAAUGCCAAGCCCAUUUGAUAGGUUGCAAAGGGACCAAUGUUACUCGUAGACUGAAAAUGUCAAGCCCAUUUGAUAGCCAAGGUGAUAUCCAAGCUUAAGGGUUAUUUUGCCACUGGGCUACUGGGUUCUGCUUCCUCCGCAUUCGUUGAUUGGCAGUACGUAAAUAUACAAAAUGUUCUAACCAGGUAAACAAGGUAAACCAACCUUGUGAAAUGGUAAGCCUUGUAAAGUAGCCUCUUGUUUGUCAUGUUUUAUGACAAGCUCUCCAAACCCAGUAAUUCGAUUGCUUGCCAUGGAAAUUUCACUUAGUAUUUUAGUGUACUUAGAAAGUCACAUUGAUUCAUCCUAGAUUAGUUUUGUCAUAUUACUGGUGUUCUCACUCCGGUCCAUGAUUUCAUCAGUUUUUCUGAUUGUGUUGAAAAACUACGCUAAUUGUUCAGCAAUUUCAAAACGUUUGUCUUAGAGAAUUAUGACUAACACUUGUAAAGGUCGAUCAUGCUAAAGGAACCAUUGCUCUCCUGUCUGUUAACUUAUCGCGGAUUGAGGUCAUAUUCACCAAUACCGAUAGUUACUGACUUAUAACAUACAUAUUCUUAUAGUUUUUGUUUACCUUGAAGUAAAUUCUCUUCCACAAGCUUUUUGAAGUAUCAGUAUCAAGCUCAGCUUGUACUAUAGUCAUGUGACUUAUCACGUGAUAGACAGUGUUUCCUAGGGUAACGAACUACAUUCAAUCAUCUCGAAACUAAAAAGAUUUAUAAAGUAUUAAGAUAUCAGAUUAUUUAUUGUUAAUGUUGCGUUUGAAAGAGAAUAUUAUUAUUGAGRCUGUAAAUCAGAUUGUUGUAAAUAUUAUUAAGCCACAAAAGGAAAAUAUUAAGYAUGGAAAAUCCUCUUUUUUACAGAAGGUUUACUUUGGACAAUACUUGAAAAAACAUCAAAAUCUCUACCAUGAGUUUUAAGUUAUGAUUAUUGUGGUAAAGUUUAUUAAUGUUGUAAUUUCUUCCGGCAAUKUUCAAUUCGUUUUAAGAAUUCAGUCGAAUAGUGUAUCCGUACUUUUGUAURCGGUUUUCGUUUCGUUUCUUCUUUUUCUCACUUAUUUUGAGCUCUUUCGCUUGGCUKCGCUUCGUUUUAUUAUGUAAAUUAGCUUUAUACGUGUUUGCUUCSAGCCGUCACUUUUAUUAGCUUUGACAAAUUUUAAGAACUUUAUUUUUGAUAUUAAAAACACAAGUUUAGAUACGAAACACGUCGAUUUGUUUUUAAGUAACUGCAGGCUAGUUAUAUCCAUUGAUUUCRGGAAAACAAAUUUAUGCUUACGUGCUCUUUUAGAAUAAUUAUGAAAUCAGCCAAUCACUUGACRUAGUUUGAAUCACGUGACCAAUUAGGUAAUUGAAAUUUAUGAUCAUGUGAUUAAAUGAGCCAAUAAGGAACAAUGAUUUUCAAGUGAUGUAAUUGAUAGAAUGCUAUUUGACAUUUUGAUGAUUAUAUAAGGAAAUGAUUUUUAUUAUCCGAGAUUUUGCAAAUAAAGUUAUUUAUGYCAUCUUGAAA